UGAUACAGGCGGAAGUGAGCUUGCGAGUGGACUUUUCUUUCUUGUGAACAUCGUUCUUUCCUCGUGGAAGAAGCUAGCAGCUGAAUAGCUAACUAGCUACCAGUCAACUUAAAAUGUCGAAACAACAGUCGUUUCAUGUGUUUUUAAAUGAGCGCUUAACUUCGGCUGCUGUGGAGAUUUUCGGGGAAGUUGAGAAAACGGUAGUGAAAUACCAGGAGGAGAAUGAUCGGCUACGGAGACUGCUGGAGAUCACAUCAGAGGUUCAACUAUGUAGAACAGACUACCUGCAGCUCUCUGUCUCUGAAGAGGAGGUUCCCCCUGAGCAGCAGGAGUGGAGUCCCAGUCUGGGGCAGAAGGACGCAGAGACCACACAGAUUAAAGAGGAACAGGAGGAAGUCAGGACCAGUCAGGAGGAAGAGCAGCUUCAAGGGCUCGUUGAUACCAAAGACUCCAUAUUCACUCCUUCCUGUGUGAAAAGUGAAUGUGAUCAGAUGGACCCACAUCAAGAAGCCAUACUAGCUGAACACCCAACUCUCAGUCCACUGAAAACGUCUAAACUACAGUUGUUUCGUGUGUUGUUAAAUGAAUGUUUAACAGCAUCUGCUGCUGUGGAGAUUCUUGGUGCGGUUGAGGAAACUGUAGCAGAGUACCAGGAAGAGAAUGAUCUGCUACGGAGACUGCUGGGGAGGACACCAGAGAUAAAACUAUGUAGAAUAGACUCCCUGCAGCUCUCUGUCUCUGAAGAGGAGGUUCCCCCUGAGCAGCAGGAGUGGAGUCCCAGUCUGGGGCAGGAGGACCCAGAGCCCACACAGAUUAAAGAGGAACAGGAGGAAGUCAGGACCAGUCAGCAGGAAGAGCAGCUUCAAGGGCUCGUUGAUACCAGAGACUCCACAUUCACUCCUUCCUGUGUGAAAAGUGAAUGUGAUCAGAUGGACCCACAUCAAGAAGCCAUACUAGCUGAACACCCAACUCUCAGUCCACUGAAAACGUCUAAACUACAGUCGUUUCGUGUGUUGUUAAAUGAAUGUUUAACGGCAUCUGCUGCUGUGGAGAUUCUUGGUGCGGUUGAGGAAACUGUAGCAGAGUACCAGGAAGAGAAUGAUCUGUUACGGAGACUGCUGCGGAGGACACCAGAGAUAAAACUACGUAGAAUAGACUCCCUGCAGCUUUUUGUCUCUGAAGAGGAGGUUCCCCCUGAGCAGCAGCACUGUGAGCAGGACUGGAGCCCCAGUCUGGGGCAGGAGGACCCAGAGACCACACAGAUUAAAGAGGAACAGGAGGAAGUCAGGACCAGUCAGGAGGAAGAGCAGCUUCAAGGGCUCUUUGAUACCAAAGACUCCAUAUUGACUACUUCUUGUGUGAAAAGUGAAUGUGAUCUGGAGGACCCACUUCAGUCCUUGACUCUUCCCCAAACCCAGACUGUGGAGAACAGAGAGAGAGACUUUAAACCAGUGGAUCUCAAACCUUUUGUCACUGUGACCAACCUAAAGGGUCUCUACAUUCCCUGUGACCAUUCAGAUAAUCAAAACAAUGCCUCCAGCCACAGCUCAGCUGUAAGCAGUGACACAGUAGGACUUGACAGCAGCCCACCAUUGGAUCCCAGUCCACUAUUGGAGAAACACUGUUCCAAUCCCAGCACUACAGCUAGAAAAAUUCACUACUGCUGUGACUGUGGAGAAACGUUUGCUCUGAAAGCUGACCUGCAGAGACAUGUGACUCUCUUCAGUAAGAUACCCAGUGAAUGUAGUUCCUGCCAAAAACGCUACAACUCCACCUGUAAACUGAAGGCCCAUGUCCGACUCUGUCACGGUGGGAAACCCUGCACUGUUUGUGGAAAGACCUUCAAACACAAAGGAGUUCUGUCCAGGCACAUGAGGAUUCACACAGGAGAGAAACCAUUUAUCUGUGGUGACUGUGGGAAAAGCUUCAAUCGCACGGAUUUCCUAAACAGGCAUAAACUGACUCACACAGGAGAGAAACCAUUUAGCUGUGGUGACUGUGGGAGAAGCUUCAGUCGGAAGGAGACCUUAACUAUGCACAAACUGACUCACAGCAGAGAGAAACCAUAUAGCUGUGAUGACUGUGGGAUAAGCUUCAAUCGGAAGGUGAGCCUAAAUGAACAUAAACUGAAGGGGCACCUAACUGAACAUCAACUGACUCACACAGGAGAGAAACCAUUUAGCUGUGGUGACUGCGGGAAGAGCUUUAUUCAGAAGGGGGACCUAAGGAGACAUAUGCUGAUUCACACAGGAGAGAAACCAUUUAGCUGCGGUGACUGCGGGAAGAGCUUUAUUCAGAAGAGGGACCUAAGGAGACAUAUACUGAUUCACACAGGAGAGAAACCAUUUAGCUGUGGUGACUGUGGGAAAAGCUUCAAUCGCAAGCAGACCUUAACUACGCACAAACUGACUCACACCAGAGAGAAAUCAUGUAGCUGUUGGGACUGCGGGAAAAGCUUCAAUCGGAAACAACAUGGCUGCUCAGUCUGAUAAACUAUUAAUUCAGAAGACUAAUCUGCUGACGUGAAAAACAUCCACAAAGAAAGUAAAUGAGGACACAGAGAGGGGACUAAGAGAGUAUUGAGAUGCACCUGUGGACCAACUCUAACUGGUCCUCCUGAUCCUGCUCAGUCCAAUGUCACAGUAAUGAUAUAAUGGGGCUGUUGUCUGAACCUGACAGGUAAUGUUGCUACUCUUUGUGUAUGAAAUGGACAAUCUGCAGUUCAGACAACCACCACUUUUUAGGUGAACAACUGAGGGAUGGGGUUGGAGAGUUGUGAACAUUCAAUGUCGUAGUCAGAUAUGGAUACAAGAUGUCCAGAUGUAAUGUAGGAUUCCCAAUAGGUGGCCCGUUGGGUGAUUUUAUUUGGCCCCAAGUUUUCUGAGCAAAACAAGAUAAUCUAUAGAAUAUUUGUAUUCGUUUUUUAUUCAUUGUUGGACAUUUUAAAAAUGUAUUUAGGGAAUAUGUUCCCAAGUAUUCGCACAUGUAAAUAGAUUUACAGUAUCAGUCAAAAGUUUGGAUACACCUGCUCAUUCAAGGGUUUUUCUUUAUUUUUACUGUUUUCUACAUUGUAGAAUAACAGUGAAGACAAACUAUGAAAUAACACAUAUGGAGUCAUGUAUUAACCAGAUGUAUCCUAUCCGAAGAAAUUGUAGAAAACAUCUCCCUUAUAUAAUCAAUGUGAGCAUUACAUAACCAGGGGGGUAGUGAUUGGAUAAGGGGGAUGUUUUGUAACCAGGGGGGUAGUGAUUGGAUAAGGGGAUGUAACCAGGGGAGUAGUGAUUGGAUAAGGGGGAUGUUUUGUAACCAGGGGAGUAGUGAUUGGAUAAGGGGGAUGUUUUGUAACUAGGGGAGUAGUGAUUGGAUAAGGGGGAUGUUUUGUAACUAGGGGAGUAGUGAUUGGAUAAGGGGGAUGUUUUGUAACUAGGGGAGUAGUGAUUGGAUAAGGGGAUGUAACCAGGGGAGUAGUGAUUGGAUAAGGGGAUGUAACCAGGGGAGUAGUGAUUGGAUAAGGGGGUAUUCCUGUAUUGUGUGAAUCAGAUUUAACUGGUUUAUGGAGGAGUUUACAAGUGAGGCUGGACUGUAUAUAAGUCAUUGUUGGCAAGUUAUUUUUCUUUGUCUGCAGACGGCCUGUUUUUAGAACCUCUCUCUCUCCGGGGCCUUUUUGCUAAAUAUUCUACUGCUGUAUUUUGUUAACUUUUUAUGUAUUCUAAGACAUCAGUUAGAGGUAAGCAUCUGCUUUUUAUCCACACGUGCAGGUUCAUAUAAUUAGUAUUUUUCUUUAGGAGGAACAGGAUUGUGUUUCCUGGAGGUGGAGAGCUGGAGAAUCCAUAGGAUGAGUAGACUGAUUAUAAAGGGCUUUGCUUGAAUAAAUAUUGGCUGUGCAUUUCCUCUGGAGGGGCCACCGACCCAAAUAGA